AUGCUAGCUGCAGAUCAGUUUCGCAGUUCACGGCAAUGCCCUGUCCUUUGCUCUGGUCCUCUGCCUGCAAUGCAUCCGAGGCGGCAAGAUGUGCUGGAUGGACCGUACCAUUCGGUGCUGGGCGAUCGGGUGGUGAAGCUGAAGAUGCCCGUCCGGCAAGUAAUGCCUGUGAGCAGGGAUGUCGCUGCUUGCGGUCCCCAGGAACCAUCAGACCGCCUCACUUUCCAGCAGAUGGCUCGCACCCCUUGCCAUCCAAGGAAGCCGUACCGCGAAAUUGUUGCAGGAUUCCCAGUCGGCAUUGCAGUACUUGCAGCACUUGCAGCACGCGAGAAGUCAGGUUCCUGCUCGUGCUGCAGUUUGCCGCGGUUUGGUUUCUCGUAG